UUCUUGUUCUUUUAUCAUUUCUUUCGAUGAAUCGCUGGUGGCGGGCGCAGCGGAGGAAACGAGAGAAAGGGGCGAUUCGCGAGCAUUGAUUUCUAGGGUUUUUAUCAGCCUCUCUCCCCCGCUUCAAAUGGUACCAGACAUUGUGCGAUAGACGCUUGACCGAUGGUUUGGUGUCUGUAUCCCGUCGAUCCCGUUCGAGGUGCCCAGAAGUACUACAUCUUCUCAAUAGGAACAUACAAAAUUGGUCGAAAAGAUUGUGAUGUGGUUGUUCAAACGGACACGUCGAUUUCUCGAGUUCAUGCCGAGAUUGUUCUUGAUAAAAUGAUUUCUCAAGAUCCCUCCGGAAGCAUGAUCUCCAGUGGUUUCUCGGGUGUUCGUAUAAUAGAUCGAUCGAAAUUUGGCACAGUUGUUAACAAAGAACUGGGGGCUGAUGCAACUCGUUUGAAGAAAAACCAGGAAGCGAUGCUGAAGGAUGGGAACUUUGUUACUUUUGGAACUGGCAGUGCAACUUUCAGGUUAUCUUAUGUUCCUUUUGUCAUUUUUUCCCGUUCUGUGAAUACGAGCCCACUGAAUCCAAUGAUUCAGGCUACAAUUUUAGCUAUUGGUGCAUAUCUGACCAGUAGCUGGAGCCCAGAGUGUACACAUGUUCUUGUUGAAAAAUCUUCUCCAGUAACAAUUGAGCUCAUUCAAGCAGUCUUGGCUAGGAAACCCAUUAUCCUUGGUGAUUGGUUUAAGAUGCUUGCUGAGAAGAGCAUAUGCACAGAAAUUCCAAGCUGUACAUUUUAUGUCCCAGAUUUGGUUCUAGAUGGGACAUUGGUAAAGGUUGUUGAACCCAUGUUUCGGGAGAAAAUUUUUGAAGGCUAUACUUUUGUUCUGGGAUCAUUAAAUCUGUACAAAUUUAAGGGUAUGUUCCAAUCACUACUAGAACUAGUUGGAGCAAAAUGUCUCAGUGCUGGUGAAUUUUCUUCAAACAGCCAGACUUCCACAGAUGGGGAGAAUAAUCAGCUUUUCUUGGUUGUACCUGCUGAGUCAACAGGCGAAUUCAGUCACUUGCGCGAGCUGUCUUCCUUGGUCAGGGUUAUUGAUGUAAAAUUAGUUGUUGCCGUUCUAUCUGGAAACCUGGAUCUGACCAUCUUUGAGCAACCUCCUUAUGUUGUUGCAUCAUCACAUUCCACUGAUGAAACUAUAGUAGCAGCUUCUGAUGUUGAGAUGGAUACUGCAACAUCGGAUCAUGCUGAUGCCACAUCGAAACCUCAACUUGCCAUCAACAGUGAAUAUGAAGAUGUGGUCAAACGAAGGUUGGAAGAUGGAAAAGGUGCCGGAAGGUGUGAAAACAGGGAGAGCGAUAUUGGUUCUCCUGCUAUUGCUUCCUAUGGUAAAGUUUCAGACUCCAGGAAUGAGGAUGUUGGACUUAUUACAAGGACAGAGAAAGGUGAUGAAUCUGCUGUCGACAGACAUGAAAAUUCAGACAUCAUAUAUAGUCAAGAUCUGAUUGUACGGAAUAUCAGCACAACAUAUUCUCAAAGAUCCACCACUGAUGAAGUGUUCAACUUCAAAUGUUUUAGAAAGAAAGAGACUGUUUCGGGCAACAGCUUCAAGGACCUUAUUCCAUUUUCAAAAGAUCCAUACAAUGAGUCCGACUUUGGGAGCAAAGGAACAUCGGAGUACAUGAAGGAAGAGAAGAAGCGAAAGCAAAUUGAAGCAAUUGCGGAGGACUUGUUUAACAAUGACAAGGUGAGGAAACGUGCGGCUGCUGGUGCUUCUCUUUAUUCUCUCUUUAAUCACAAAUGAUGGUGGUAAUAUUUCUGAUACAUCACCUAGUGAUAGAAGCUCUUUGGGCUGAAUGGUAUUAGCUUAAAGUCUAAUACCUGGGGUUCAAACUAAUGAAAUCCUUUUUUUUCCUUUUCCACAAGGAUGUUGUUUAUAAUGUCCUGGAUCCGGUUUAUAAUUGACCGUUUAUAAUGUCUUUCUCA